CAAUAACACACAAGUAACUGGCAGUCAGAAGCUCGACAGAAAAACGUCUCAAUUCAGUGUUUUUAUCAACAGCAAAUUGCCGGACCUGUCUUGAGAGCUCUGCGCGAGAAACAGAGCCAGUUCACCUGAGAGAACCCGGCUCACAUGGAAGGUUUUUACUGACACCGGAAAUGUAACGCGUUUAUUCGUAUAGGAGUUAACCGCACAGGAGAGGUAACAGAACUAGCAGAGGGCGACCCAAGUUUUUAUCUGUCCGAGAGAUUCGCACACGAAAGGUAGCCACAAGUACGGGGAAGGAAAAGGGUGGUGUGUGUGUAGUGUGUAUGUGUGACGGCUCGGACCGGGGAUUGGGGGAUGUCCUGUGAGAUCCGUGUCGCCUGUUGCUGGAGUCUGCGAGACGGUUCCCACUGCACCCACCUCUACAACAAGAGAAAGAGAAAGUGAAGCAACUUCGAUGAAGGACUGACGGCAUGCCAGCUACCGUCUCGGGGGCGGUUCCACUUGGCACUCUCUGUGUGAUGGUGACGGUCCUGGUCCUGCCCUCCGCCCUGGCCAUCAACUGUGGGGUGUGCGAUCCCGACCAGUGCCUCACCCCCAGGGAGUGCCGAAGAGGGAGCACGAUCGACCUGUGUGGCUGCUGCUCGGUGUGUGCUAAAGAAGUGAACCAGAGCUGUGGGGGCAAGUACGGCCUCCUCGGCAAAUGUGGGGAGGGGCUUCAGUGCUUCAUCUCCCCACCUAUAGGGCGGCCCAUUUCGGGACAAGAGGAAGGAGUAUGUAAAGAAAUUGAGUCACCAAAGAACUGUACGAACAAUGGCUGCCUGUCGAUCGUGAGCGAGGUGACGAUUCAGUGUCCGUCCGACUCAGACCUGCUGGUCAACGCCACGGGUCUGGCUGACCGCUCCCAGUGUCAGUGCAACACGUCGUACUGCACCCGACCCACGUGUGCUGCGGGAUUCCAUAGUGUGCUUCUUAACGAAGGGGAUGGUACGCCAGGCUUAUGCUGUGAUGAGUUUGUGUGCAGACGAACAGCUGCAUGCCGAUCUGUGAUAUGUCCACCUAAGGAAGACAAAGGCUGCCCACCUGACAGUGAGAGACUACCACACCGGGUCACGGAUGAUGGCUGCUGUUACAUCACACAGGGAUGUACGUGUAAGCCCAAAGCUGAGUGUCCCACCGUGUCGUGUCCACUUGGCACCCAGAUACAGAUGCUUUCCAGGGCCACAGCCAUGCCUGGGUCCUGCUGUGAAAACUUCCAAUGUGUAAAUGAUACUGGUUUGAAAUGUUCGUAUGACGGGCGGGAGUUCCGCGACGGGGAGAGCUGGCAGAUUGAGAAGUGUACCAAGUGCACGUGUCGGGAUGGGCUCACCUUCUGUAAGACCAAAAUGUGCAACGCUCCACUCUGUGGAUGGAUGGUCAUACCCGACGGAGAGUGCUGUCCUGUCUGCAAAGGCUGUGUGUCCGACUCGGGUCAGCUGUACAACAACUCUGAUGUCUGGAAGGAGAACCCGUGUGUGACGUGUCAGUGUGAUGCAGGGCAGGUCCUCUGUCAGGCAGAGAUGUGUGCAGUGCGCUGCUCCAACCCCCGCCAAGUGCCUGGUCAGUGCUGCCCUGUGUGUGACGACACCCCUCCUGUGGACCGUCCUGUUCUCUGCCCCUCCUCACAGAACUGCAGCUUGACGUGUGCCCAUGGUUUGGAGAUGUCCGAUGAUGACUGUUUCCUGUGUAAAUGUAAGAAAGAGGUGUGUACGUUGGACUGUAAGUAUGGCCAGCUGACUGACAACAAGGACACUAGGAUCUGUGAAUGUGCCCAGCCACAAAACCACUGUCCUGGUCUCGACGACUGCACCAAGCGCUGCUCCUAUGGGUUCAAGAAGUCACGCAAUGGCUGCCUCAAGUGUCGCUGCAACAAGUGUCCACCUUUCAACUGCACUAAACGCUGUCUCUAUGGUUACCUGCUUAAUGACCAAGGCUGUCAGCUGUGCAAGUGUCAAGAAGCUCUUUUGGAAAGUACUAUACCGAGCAUUUCCUCGGAGCUCCCUGACUCUGUGUCGGAGUACCGCGCGGUGUGUCUGUCGGCGUCAGGUCAGCGCCAUGACGAUGGGGAGUCCUGGCAUGACGGCUGCCGACUCUGCUACUGUCACACCGGCACUGAGAUGUGCUCACUCAUCGCCUGUCCCGUCCCACGCUGCAACAGCCCAGUAUUUAGACUUGGAGACUGCUGUCCCUCCUGUCCAGGAGUUACCAUCCUGGCGUCUGGGUCGGGAGAGAAGGAGGCGUGCCAGUCGUCAAGCGGCCACCAGCUGGUGGAGGGGGAGACGUGGCACAUGGACCAGUGUACCCAGUGUAUCUGCCACGAUGGGGCCAUCCUCUGCGAGUCUCACACCUGCCCCCCAGCACUCUGUCACCACCCCAUCAGGCCAGUCGACAAGUGCUGCUCCUUCUGCAAGGGUUUAGAUGGUAUUCCUAUUAUUCCCGUGUUCUCCCCGCGGCCCUGCAAGACUCACUCGGGGAUGUCGUACAAACACGACGACGUGUGGAAGACGAACCCGUGUCAGAGCUGCACGUGUCGACACGGCCAGAUCCACUGCUACUCCCAGAUGUGUCCCAUCGUCACCUGCCACAAAACGGUGCUCACCAAGGGAGAGUGCUGUCCCAGCUGUCUCGAUGACAACAGUAAGAGCAUGUGCGUGAGUAACAACAUCAGUUACAGCCCUGGAGAGACGUGGCUGUCUGACAACUGUACGCAGUGUGUGUGUACCAGCGGCCACAUCGUCUGCGUGCCCGUCACGUGCCCCAUGCUCACCUGCUCGGUCCUAAUCAGGAAGUCUAGCCAGUGCUGUCCCGUCUGUUUAGACACAUCGACUUCUAAAUUGUUACUAACCGAAGAAAAUCAGUGGAUAGAACUGGUAACAACUGAUGAGGUGACGAGAUAUACAGAAGGUCCAACUGAAGAUUUCGAAGCAAAAGAGAGAUAUAUUAUUGGAAUUGCCUCCCUUGGUGUUCUGCUGUCGGUGGCUCUGAUUGCUGUUCUAGUGCUGGUUCUCGUCAUGUUCCGGCGCAGACACACCGGCAUGUUCAAAAUGGUGGAAAGCCCUGUGGUCACCGACAUUCGCAUCAGGCCAAAAUCCACCAACCUUGAGCUGCAAGGAGUCAAUCCCUUUUUGAUGGAUUCACCAAGUAAACCUUUAAACUGUGAAUCGAAAAACUUAUUGGAGAAACCGCUCGUUUCGCUGGGUCCGCCAGUUAUUCCCUCAGACAAAAUGAAGCUAGCUGAUUUAGCUAGCAAACAGUAUCAGUGUUUACAUUCAACCACAGAUCCGCUUAUAGACAAACCCAUUUCUAAUGGCAACUGCAUGACAAACAAUACUUAUGACCAAGUAUAGUGACGAUGGAAAAAUAUGGAUUUGUUUUCUCCUGAAUUUAUAACUAACUUAAUUUGUGAGUUGCAAAGCAAUUCACUUACUAAUUGAUAUAUUGUGCUGAAUCCUUGGAUAAAUUUCAACACUGCAUAGCAGAAUAAAAUACUGUAAAUAAACAUUGAUGUUGGUACACAAAAGGUAAAAUGUGUUGUAUUCAUCAACUACAGUGGAAUCUCGUUGGGUCAAACUUGGAAGGGUCGAAUGCACUGCAACGCUCGAAACAAAAACGAAGUACCGGGUUACACUAAUAUGAUGUUAACCGAAUGGUUAGGUUGAACUACCCGUUGGGUUGAACACUUUCUCGAGCACCAACGGGGUUCCAGCCAACGGGAUUCAACUGUAGUUUUGUGGUCCGUGGGCACUUGAAGUUAGAGUGUAUGACUGAGUAUGUGAUGUUAGGAGUGUAUAUCAUUUGUGAGUGUUUAUGGGUAGCAUGUGACUUCAAAGUAAUGAUUAAAACGGAUAUAUAACUAUAUGUUACUGAAGUGUAUAAAUUUAGCAGGCAAAGAAAAACAUUAUUUCCUUUGUUGAAAUGAAUUAAUCAUAGUUAUUUUGUGUUAAUUUAGACUUGCUAUUCUACAGCAUACUAAACUGUUUGAACAUGAUUCUCAUGAAACUGUCUGAAAUUUUAUCCUUCAGACAAAAGUUGAAACAAACAAAGAUGUAAUGUUAUAAAACUGUUUGAAAUUGUAAAAUCCAUGUUUAUUAAAAUUUAAGAGUCUACUCAAACAUAGAUUACUGCCUGGACCUCUUUUGGAUAUAGGCAUGUUAAUAAAGUAACAGUAACAUAUUACUGACUUAACUGUACACCUACAGUUUGUAUGCAGACUAGACUAAUAGAACAACAGGUGGUAUUUAUUAAAUUGAACACUAGUAUAUUGUUCAAAUAAUAAUAGUACAAAAAAAAUCUGUCUUCAUAAUGCAUUUCAUAAAUAUUGCUUUACAAAAACAAAGUUUAAAAAAGAAUAAUAAUAAUAAUAAAUGUUCUUUCGUUAAAGUUGACCAAAAAGAAUAAUCUCAAAGAUGUGUAGCCUUAAUCUAAGUUUAUUUUUUGUUUAAUGAAGUGCUGUUUUGUCACUGUUACUAGUUUAAAAAUAGUACACAGUGUUUUUGAGUUAUUUCGGACAAUUUGAAUCAAGAGGUUGUGAAAAUUAAAAUAUUCAUUUGUACUUGUACAGUAAUGAGCUUGCAUGUGCAUCUAGUCUUUAUGAACUAGUAAGUAAACCAGUUUGUGCUAUGUUAGAAGUUUGUUUGGUUUUUCUAUUUCUGGAUUAUUUCCGGUCAGUUUGUGAUAUAUUGUCCAAAGAGAGAUAAUUACAUUGCACUCUCUCUCUCUGUACAUUUCUCACUGGUAAAACAGGAUUUUGAUGUAUUGUAGAACAUUUUGGGAAUGCAGCUAGUUUUAAGAGCUCAAACAAUGAAUCAAAAAUUAAUUUUUUGAAAUUGAAAUGAAAUUUAUAUAAAAGUGAAAAUUAAACAAAUAAUCUAACAUGGCACUAAAAUGCUACUUAUAUGCAGUCCUUAGUUAUUUAUCAUUUUACUUUUUUGUGUUGACAAUUUAUAUUUUGUAUACAUUGUACAUAGGUACAGAUAGCUUAACAGAUUUCUUAUCAUAGACAUGUUUAUGAUGCAUCUAUUUACCCAUCUAUGCAGUGAAUAACAUUAGUUAUAAAUUUAAGUAGCGUACACGUGCAUGAUCUGAUGUGUAGAAGCAAAGUGUGAAAACUGGAUUAUAUUCGGAGAUGGUGUAGUACACACACAGGAGUAGAACCUCGGUGUACAUGGCGUCUAAACAGUUCACAUCUCUAUACAUGAUGUCCAAACUGUUCACAUCUGUGUACAUGAUGUCCAAACUGUUCACAUCUCUAUAUAUGGUGUCCAAACUGUUCACAUCUGUGUACAUGGUGUCCAAACUGUUCACAUCUGUGUACAUGAUGUCCAGACUGUUCACAUCUCUAUAUAUGGUGUCCAAACUGUUCACAUCUGUGUACAUGGUGUCCAAACUGUUCACAUCUCUAUACAUGAUG